AUGGAGACACCACAAAUCCCGCAGGAUGCCCUGGAACUCAGAGUAAUGAUCUCGCAGAAUUCGACGGCGGCCCAGCAGCUUUACGCGCGUGCGACAGCGGCAUCGCAAGACCGCCCUAGUGGUACCGGAAAGCGCCAGAAGCUCGCCGACGACUUCGACGACACCGUGAUGAAACGUCGGUUCCAGACCGAUUACGCCAGCUCUGAAAUUCUGCCGCCAUCCCUUGCCGCCAAGCAACCUGGCAAGCCGCAGAAGAAAGGCGCCUCCAAGUCCAUGGUAGUCGCGCAGCGCCCCGGCCAGCCUCAAAAGCUCCUGGAGGGCCCCGGAUCGAGGACGGCCGCACCAGCCAGCGGCGAAAGUACAUCACAGCAACAGAAUACAAGUCUGACGACGCGAAGCGGCGGCGGUCUCGGCGCGCAAACGAUACAACAAGUGAAGCCUGAGUGGCACCCGCCGUGGAAGCUCAUGCGCGUCAUCUCUGGCCACCUGGGCUGGGUGCGCGCGCUGGCCGUAGAGCCUGGCAACAAGUGGUUCGCGAGUGGUGCCGGAGACCGCACCAUCAAGAUAUGGGAUCUCGCGACGGGUGGACUGAAGCUCACCCUCACAGGCCAUAUUAGCACUGUGCGCGGGCUCGCCGUGUCGCCGCGGCACCCCUACCUUUUCUCCUGCGGUGAGGACAAGAUGGUCAAGUGCUGGGACCUGGAAACGAACAAAGUUAUACGCCACUAUCAUGGCCAUCUGAGCGGCGUUUACACGCUGUCACUACACCCUACGCUCGAUGUACUAGUCACGGGUGGUCGCGACGGUGUGGCUCGUGUUUGGGACAUGCGCACCCGAAGCAAUAUUCAUGUUCUUUCUGGCCACACGGGUACUGUGACGGACGUCAAGUGCCAAGAGGCAGACCCCCAAGUCAUCAGUGCCUCACUUGAUUCGACUGUUCGCUUGUGGGAUCUUGCUGCCGGCAAGGCCAUGGGCGUUCUCACACAUCACAAAAAGGGUGUCCGUGCCCUGGCUGUGCAUCCCGAGGAAUUUACUUUUGCCAGUGGUAGCACGGGCAGCAUCAAGCAGUGGAAAUGCCCCGAGGGCGCGUUUAUGCAGAACUUCGACGGCCAAAAUGCCAUCAUCAACACUAUGAGUGUCAAUCAAAAUAACGUCCUGUUUUCCGGAGGUGACAAUGGCUCCAUGAGCUUCUGGGACUGGAAGUCUGGACACAGAUUCCAGGCCCUGGAUACUACAGCGCAGCCUGGUUCCCUGGAUGCAGAAGCUGGCCUUAUGAGCUCAAUAUUUGACCGCUCCGGCUUGCGUCUCAUCUGUGGUGAGGCUGACAAGACGAUUAAAAUAUGGAAACAGGACGAAAACGCCUCUGAAGAGACACAUCCUCUUCAGUGGACGCCAUCACUUGGACGACGCAAGUUUUAG